AUGAAGCUCUUUCGAUCUCUUAAAUUAUUCAGAUACUUCAGCAAUGUUAAGGCUCUCAAUGCUACCAACGAUGACACCGUUGGUAGUGAAUCAGAGGACAAAACUGAUUGGUCUACCAUGCUUCCAGAAGUUCUUGCGGAUAUCAUUAAACGAGUUGAUGUCAUCGGAGAACAAUGGCCGCAUCGUCGAAACGUCGUCGCUUGCGCCUGCGUUUGCAAACGGUGGAGAGAUAUCACACGUGAGGUCGUAGGGUCACCUUCUCUUAACGGCAAAAUAACUUUCCCUUCUUGUCUUAAACAGCCAGGGCCACGCGACCUUCCCCACCACUGUGUUGUAAAUUGGAAUAAGAAGACCUCCACAUUUUACCUCUAUCUUGCCCUUACUCCAUCAUUAACAGAUAACGGGAAGUUCCUAUUAGCAGCUAGAAGAUAUCGGUUUGUUACGCAUACUGAGUAUGUUAUAUCGCUCGAUGCCAAUGACUUUUCACAAGGAAGUAAUGCUUAUGUUGGCAAGCUAAGUUCAGAUUUUCUUGAAGCAAACUUCACAAUUUAUGACGCCUCGGCUGGUGCCAAACCAUCAAGUGACAGAACAAGCCGGCGUUUUGCAAGCAAACAGAUAAGCCCUCAAUUUCCUGCUGGUAACGUCGAGGCAGGGAACAUCUCCUACAAAAAAUUCAGCCUUUUGAAACCUAAACGACCACGACGAAUGAUUUGCUCUCUGAAGUCUCCUGUGUCAUCAAUAUGCGAAAGUUCAGACAGCAAGUCUUUCGACAACCAUACGAUGCACUGUAAAGAACAAGCUACUUCUUCUGCCUACACAAUCUUGAAGAACAAAGCUCCAAUGUGGAACGAGCAAUUGGAGUGCUGGUUCUUGAACUUCCAUGAGAGAAAGGAUAUGACAGUGGCAUCAGUGAAGAACUUUCAGCUGGUUGCUACUGUGGACCAAAGCCAACCAGGAGGGAAAGGAGAUGAAGAAACAGUUCUUCUCCAGUUUUGUAAAGUAGGAGGUGAUACUUUCACCAUGUACUAUAGACAGCCCUUAUCCGCCUUCCAUGCGUUCGCCAUUUGCUUAACUAGCUUCGGCACCAAACUGGCUUGUCAGUAAGAUAAUUUUGGUAUCAUUCUACUGCUUGUUCAUUCCUUUCAAUGUUAAAAAGUGAAUAUAUAUUUUUUCCUUUCACUUGGCUGAGUCUAUUAUUUGA